AUGACAUACGCUCAACAACCCCAAGGCGACGAAGAGGAAGCGGCGCGCGCCUCACGCUGCCGAUUUAGCGCAAUCGCACCUCUAACCCGACUACGAGCCCUCCUCCCAGGCCCUCUCGCCGGACCCACGAACCCAAAUUACAAGGUCGAUACCUCUCCAAUUCCUAGUAUACCCAUUGAGCGCCGCCGAGCAUCCAGCAUCGCCGCCUCCCUCGACCAAGAUGAGGGUCUUGCCGAGAAGAUUGUCGAGCACGGCGUCGGCGUGCCAGAUACAAUCGCAAAGGAGGAAACGGUUCUCUACCUAGCCUACGGCUCAAAUCUAGCAUCCAAGACCUUCCGCGGUGUCCGUGGUAUCAAGCCCCUCUCGCAGAUGGGUGUCUUCGUCCCGGAACUACGACUCACCUUCGAUCUACCGGGUCUACCAUAUGCAGAACCAUGCUUCGCAGGCACGCAAUACCGUGACCCAUCUGCUCCUCCAACUCGCGACAUCUCCUGGGAUGAUGACGAGACAGAUGUCUCGGAUAGUGAAUCCUUAUCCGAGAAAGAUACACUCAUGGGUCGGACACGGGAAGUCGAGGCUCAGGGCAAGGGAUAUCAUAAACGGCGGUGGUACAAACCUCUUGUGGGAGUUGUGUACGAGGUCACACUGGUUGAUUAUGCGAAGAUCAUUGCUACGGAGGGAGGUGGGCGUGGAUACCGCGACGGCGUUAUCGACUGCUACCCUUUCCCUGACAACUACAACCCCGCAGACCCAGUCCCCGAACGGCCGAGUACAACUCCAUUCAAGGCACGGACACUUCUCUCGCCUGCUGCCGAUGAUAUGCGCUUGAAAAUGCAGUCGUUGAAGAGCGGGAACCCGUCACUUCUAUCCCAUGCUCCUAAGUUGUCGUGGUGGUAUACGGUGUGUCUGCAUUUCCGACCUGAUCCUGAUUAUGCGCAGCCUUCGGCGCGGUAUCUUGGGUUGAUUAAGACUGGGGCUGAGGAGCAUGAUCUGCCGCAGGCGUGGCGGGAGUAUCUUGCUCAGAUUCGGACGUAUCGGAUUACGACUAGGCGGCAGAAGUUUGGGAAGGGGAUCUUCCUUGCGCUGUGGUUGCCGUGGGUUCUUUUGACUUUGGCUUUGUCGAAGAUCUUUGCGGGCUCUGACGGGCGGAGUCCGCAGUGGCUCGUUGCCCUGUCUAAUGCCAUUUUUUCCGGGAUGUGGAAUAGCUAUGAUUGUUUCUUUGCUAGAAUCUUUGGGGACGGGGAGCGGUCCCUGGAUGAUAUCCCUGCUUGGUGA